CGAGCUGUGUGGACUGUGCGCACUGCGCCUACCUGAAACAAAGACCACCCACGUCGCCAUCGACCCCCCCUUCAUCCACUCUCGUUCAGUUCUUCCUGCAUCCCAGUAAAUGCCAACGACAACCACACUCACGCCCGACGAAAAGGCCAAGGUCAAGUCCGCGAUCCCGCCCGCGGCGGGCAAGAUCAAGACCGCCGCGCCCGCGCGCGUGUACUAUGCGCACCCGCAGCCCGACGGCUGGUCGUACUCAGGCGUCGAGGGCGCGCUCGCCCUGGUGGAGGACACCACGAAGCAGGCGUUUGCGUUCAAGAUGGUGGACUUUGCGGGCACGCGGGGUGUGAUCUGGGAGCACGAGCUGUAUGAUGGGUUUUUGUAUAACCAGGAUCGGCCAUACUUUUAUUCGUUCCCUGGGGAUGAAUGCAUGGUGGGGAUUGUGUUUUCGGACGAAAAGGAGGCGAAGGACUUUCAUAAGAAGGUGGUCAAUCGGAAGACGUCUAAACCCAAAGCUGCCAAGUCCUCGAGCAAGAAGUCCGGCUCCAAGGGGCCUAUCGAUAAGUCCAUGAUCUCCGCGCCCUCGAACUUUAAGCACAUCUCGCACAUGGGCUACGACCCCGACAAGGGCUUCGAGUCGUCCAACGUCGACCCGUCGUGGCUCACCCUCCUGAACCAGCUCGAGAGCGCGGGCGUCUCGGCCUCCGUCAUCGCUCGGGACCAGGAAUUCAUCAAGAAGUUCGUGCAGGACGCGCAGAAGUCUGCGCCUCCUCCCGCUCCUAAGCGCAAGUCGAUGAAACCGCCGCCGCCACCCGCGCCGCGGCGUGGAGCGCAUCAGGCGACGGACAGCGUCGACAGCGUCGCGAGUGUGACUGCGCCUGCAGCGCGUCCUCCGCCCCCUGUGCGCCCGUCGCAGCCCCCCGCGCCGCCUCGUCGCUCGCAGACCACUUCUCAGCCGCCUGCACCCCCACAACGGCCUCCGGCGCCCCCUGUGCGUGGUGGGCACCCACCACCACCACCGCCCGCGCGGCCCGCUGCGAACGGAAUAGCGCCGCCCCCACCUCCUCCACCCGUCAGACCCAAUGGCGUGGCGCCCCCUCCUCCGCCUCCGCCUCCACCACCACCUCCGGCCGGCGGGACCGCACCUCCCCCGCCUCCACCACCUCCGCCCCCACCUCCACCAGCAGGAGGCACAGCACCCCCACCCCCUCCUCCGCCACCUCCGCCCCCAGCAGGCGGAGGCGGAGGGGGCGGCGGAAGUCCCGCACCGGCCCUUCCUGCGCCGGCACCCGGCCACGACGCGCUGCUGGAGAGCAUUCGCGGGCAGAGCGUGGCGAAGCUGCGCAAGACGAGCGGGCCGAACGCGACGCCGUCGCCGCCUCCCCCGCCCGUCGCUGCGGAGGAGUCGAGUGGGGGAGGGGGAGAUUUGACGUCUGCGCUUGCUGCUGCGCUGAUGGAGCGGAAUAAGAAGUUGGGGGAUAGCGAUGAGGAGGAGGAGGACGAUGAUUGGGAUUAGGGUUGGGAAGGGGUUGGGGGUUGGCGAGCACUAGGGAAGGUGGUGGUCGGCUGGUUGCUCGUUGUUGUAUAGGGCUGGGAUGGUAUUCCGGACCCGGUUGUUUCUUGAUUUAUCUUUUUUCUUUACACUAAGUUCGGUUUGCGCAACUACUCGCUGCUUUACUUCGAAUUCGCUAUCAUCAUGGUGCAGUCUGAGUAUAAGUUUGAGUACAAGUCAUCUCUGACGUAUGUUACGUCUCUGCGAUAUACUAAGUGUAGAGAGCUCCAGCAAUGUAUGUCCC